AUGGCACUUGCACUGGCGACCCCUACCAACGCGACGCAGCCAGUAAAUAUUGUGAUCUUAUUACAACCAAGCCGCCAUCCGUGCCUGCGCUACCUGCGCGAAGUAGGUAAUACAUUCUUCGCAGCAUCCUCCAACACUAACAAGUCACCGCACAUCGCCGCCCAAGCUCGCCGCCGAGCAGGCCGCCAACGACACGGUAGUACGGACCCAGGACUCUCCUGGUCUCUGCGUGUCGCCGGCGCCUGCGCGAGCUUGCCCACAAAGCUGGGAAAAACAGUGGGCACCUCCACCACGGCCAACACACAAAAAGAUACUGCCCGAGCCCACAAAGCGCGUGUUGACCUCCACGAGGCCCUCCCCGCCGCACAGCUCGGUGCUUAUAAGAUCAGACCGGACCUUAGUGCCAUGGACACGACCGCAUGCCCUGCGGGUACGGACGCAGUGGUUCAACAUGUCCUAUCUCAUGCCACCGGCAUGCAGAUCUGCGGUCAAAGACAUUGUGGAAAGACCGCCGAACAACUGAUUAUCGGCGUCACAUUUAUGCUGCAGACACGACUCCUCGGCCAAUUCAGGAGUGCUAACGACACAGUCCCCACGCCGCACAACCCGUAG